UAUUACGAUGUUCAUAUGAUGCUCCCAACAAAACUAAAACGAUCAGACGUUUCUUGCGACUCAGUCUGAACUGAUCGCAAAUUAACUUCCGAAUUUAUUCUUCGUAACAGGACAUUUCUCGCAAAGAAGAAGAACAACUGAUGGAGUUCAUAAAGCCGGCUACAUCUUUAAGCGAGAAGAAAACGACGAGGUAUCCACCACCAUGCAAGAUUGUCGAUAAUGUAGUAAUCGGCGAGGAAGCGCCGGUUUACCGUGAAUGCGUCGGUAUCGGCGAAUUGGUUUACGAGCAACUAUCUGGUAACCCGGAAUUCGUCGGACUGAUAGACACAGCUACGGAGAGACAGGCGACAUUUGCCGAGAUCAAGGACCGCAGCGUCCGGUGUGCACUUUGGUUGAGAAGCCGAGGUAUUCAACCGGGAGAUAUAAUCGGCAUUGCCACCCACAACCAUCUCGAUUGUGUUAUACCCUUGCUGGGAUGUCUCUACGUCGGCGCGCUUUUCUAUCCCAUGCAUUUUAAACUGAAUAUCCACGACAGCCGUUACUUCAUCGCUCUGACAAAGCCGAAGAUCAUUUUCGCGAACGUCGAUAUGGCGGACAUCCUGGCGCAAGCUGUGACGGAGGAGGACCUGAAGAUCGAACUGGUGACUUUCGGCGAAGCGAUCGGAUGCGAGAACUUCGACAAGAUCAUCAACAAUCCCGAUCAGGAUGCAGCGGCGGUCGACGAGUUUCGUUGCAGACCGAUCGCCAGCCCCGACGAAAUCGGAUUGAUCGUCUGUUCGUCGGGCAGCACCGGGCUAUGCAAAGCGUCGAUGUAUUCGCAUUCCGCGCUAAUCAAUAAUAUGCUUUAUGACAAGAGCUUCGCCGAGAAGGACGACAAGAUGAUAAUGUGGCUUAGCAGCUUCCGUUGGAUCUCUGGCGCGAUUCUGCCGCUCCGAUCAAUUUACUUCCACAAGACGUGGAUCAUUUGUCCGGAGUACAAAGAGGAGCUGCUGUGCCAGAUAAUCGAGAAAUAUAACGUAACAUGGAUGUUGCUGCAAUCGUGCCUCACCACUAGCGUGCUAAAAUACGGGUUCUUCCACAAAUACCGAUUACCAUCGCUGAAGAAAUUAAUUAUAGGCGGCGCGUAUAUGAAACCGUACUUGUUCGAGGCAGUGAUUAAAGCCUUACCACACACGAAAGUUUUAUUCACUUAUGGUACAAGUGAGGUAGGCGGUGUUUACACUCUGCAAAGGGAAGGCGACAAAAUAGGCUCCAGUGGCUACAUAUUGAGCAACAGUCAGCUGAAAGUGAUCGCUGUCGACACUGGACGGCUUCUGGGCCCGUGCGAACUUGGCGAACUCUUGUUGAAAUCACCUUGCAUGAUGACAAGAUACUACAACAAUUCUCAGGCCAUGAAGGAGACUUUAGACAAGGACGGAUGGAUACACACCGGUGAUCUCGGCUACUAUGAUACAGACGGUGAGAUCUACGUGUGUGACCGUAUUAAGGAGAUUAUCAAGGUCCGAGGCUGCUACGUGUUCCCUAACGAAAUCGAAAGCGUGCUACAGAGUCAUCCGGCGGUGCGCAAGGUUGCUGUGGUGCGUGUGAAGAAUGACCUCGACGACGAGCACCCUUUAGCUUUCGUGACGAAAAUACCCGGCAAGGAGGUAACGGCGGAGGAACUGGUCAAAUUGGUAGCGGACAAACUGGAAGAUCACAAACAUCUUCGCGCUGGUGUACAAUUUCUAGACGAGCUUCUAUAUACGGACACCGGCAAGAUUGCGAGGAAACGACUCCGAGAAUUGGCUGAACGCUUGAUGGUCGAUCCUAUACCCGCAGAAUACACGGAAUAAUUUUUCUUUUCAUGAAUGCGAUGUUUUGGUCUAUUUACUAUAUAUCACGUGAAAAAUAACAAUUACAAAUAUACCUUUUAAUCAUGUUUUAUACAAGAUUUAACGUGUGUUUAAACAGUCGAAUAAUGACGAACGUGUUGGAAUUUCUAAGCGUUUAGAGACGGAAAAAAUGAUUGUAUCAAGCAGAUGACGUAGAUGAUAGAGAAACGUAAGCAGAGAUCGAAGCGGUAAAAGAAUUGAUCAAUCACAAUCGAUUGUUUUCGAACUGUAAGGAUUAUCAACUAUGAUUGGAGCUUGCUUACUGUCUAAAUUUUAUUGUUUGUGUUCUUCUAUAUGCCAUCGUUUCACUUUGAGCAAGUAAAAUGUAACACACAAGAGUUAGAGCCAAUAUUACACGUUAGUAUUAUUUAUUGUACAUCUAACAAUAAAGAUUUUAAUUUUGUAACGAUUGUAAUUUUAACGAUUUUAAUUAUCAUAUUUCGCGAACUAUUAAUUAUUUUUACGGAUAAAAUAAAUAAGAACGAUUCGGUAUUUUCUUGGAUUCUUAACAAGGAUUUCUUAUUUUUCUAUUAAUAUCCAAAACUCCUAUUUUAAUUUAGUAGAAAUAUGACAAUUUAGUAGAAGAAUAACAAAUCUCUUGCAUUGACUCGGUGGAAUUAAACCUAAAUAAACCUUUAAAGUAACUCGUCUUCUUUGUGUUUUCAAAUCUAACAUAACAGGUUAAGCAAAUAAUAAUUAUUUACAACGGGUAAUAUCACUAAAACAUGAUAAAGACGACGAUAAUUUACACAAGUAUUUAAAAUUUAUAUCUACAUUAUGUACAUUUAGGCAAACUCGUUAUUGCUUGUGAUAAAUAUGAGUUCGUAAUAAUAUAUUUACUUAAAAGAA